AUGCUAACCAGUUAUUCAGAAACUACUCCGUCUAAUUUUUCACCCUUUUUGUCGAUUGGGAUGAAUCCAGUAAACCAAGAUAUGUGUGACGAUCCUACAAGUUUAGAUGCAUGUGGCGAUAUGGUAAAUGAUAUCACGAAUGAAACGUUUGCAACUGCAACUGGUCCUAGUAACUUAUUCCCAUCAAUUAUAUUGCCUAGCUGUGUUUAUGCACGUGAAAAUGGCUCUUCUACUCAUUUACAUCGCCCAAUUCCUACUCAUGAUGUAAACACUAAUCACAACUCUCCAUCAUCUUCGAAUUCUUGUUCUUCCAUAAUAAACUCAUAUUCAAAUUCAAAUAUCUGGGAACAACCAAAUCGUAAAAAUGGUAACAAUUCCAGUUUACAUACUUCAACGUGUUAUACCAGUAACAAACGACCUAGAACUGUUUCCUACACUGUUUACUUAGAUUCUUCACAUAGAAAAAGCUCACAGGCAUACAGACCUGGUUCCGCACCAUUGCAACAUAAUAACUUACUUAUUCCUGAAGAAGAUUCUGAUUCAGUUGAUGAAAACAAUGAAGACCCAAAAGAAAUACAAGAUGAUAACCACUGUGUUCAUCAGCGUCGAAAUAAGAAACUAAACUCAAAGUUAUGUGCCCGUCGUUUCUCACAAAACUAUUCUUCACGUGGUGAGUGUACUACAGACGAAAAAACAGAUAUUGGUGAGAGUGCAUACAAUUCUAUGCAUGCUACUGCAUCAAGAGUAGAACACUUCAACAACUCCACAAAUCAUAUCAUCUAUGACAGAAAAGGGAAUAGAACUGAUCAACUAAUGAAUACUCAUAUAAAUUUGGUCAGCACAGAUUUGUCUGAAGUUUCUUCGUACCAGUGCCUUACAAAUCUACCAUUACCUUCAGACAGAUCAGUUCAACAUAAUGAAAACUGUUCAAUCACCCGUACAAGAAACAUUUCACCAAGUAAUAUUGCAUCUUCUCAUCUCGUCAAUUCCUUGCCGAAUUCACCUUUGAACAAUGUUAUCAUAACUAAUGAAACGGAUCAAGUAGUCAAUAGUAGAGUUAUCUCACAACCGCCUAUGCCAGAUGUUGUACCUCGACUAGGAUUACAUAUGUACAAUAUAAGUGGAUCAAAUUUCAUUCCAUUACACCAUCAUUCAACACUUUCACAACCAAGAUGUUCAUCUGUUCCACUUGUACAAACAUCGAUAAAUUUGCAUCAAAAUUAUCCACAACAUCAACAACAACAUUCUUUGAAUUGUUGUGAUCUCUUCCACUUUCAUUGUAGUCAAGUGAAUAAUCCUUCCUUCUCAGCGGAAUUAGUAUGUGAUACACUUCCUAACCUUGACACUGAAUUAUCGCAUCCAUCGGGUAGGAUACAUUUAACUCUGUUGGCAAGACGUUUAGCCAGUGUUGGAGAUGAAUUAAUGAUUAGUCAAUCUAGAGUGAUUCGAUCAAGGUAUAAUCUGCCAAGUGAUGCAUUGUAUAAUGGGCUUAGAAGAGCGAGUAGCAGUAUACUGUCUGUUUGGGGAAUCUCUUUUAGCCUAACUUGGCUGUUUGCAUCUCCGAUAGCCUAUAUACGACAGACGAUAGGAUUGAUCGGUCAAUCAUUACCCAGAGGUACAAAUACAAUCAUUUCAGAUUCAUCGUCAAAUACUCCAAAUCGGAAUAAUUUUUCUAGACGGAGAACAGCAACAUACAGUGGUGGUGUUAUGAACCCUCGACACAGUCUGCAAACAACACUACAUGAACUCCACCAACCAGCUGACGAUACAAUUUCUCCGGUUCAUAUAGAUGAGGGUAUUCAUCAAAUCUCAGGAUCUUCUCAAAGUCGUUUUCCUACUCAGCCAUCGAUAGUAUCAUCACUUUAUGCUAACCCCUAUCAUCAUUACCAUCAUAUUUGUUGUCAUCACUGUCAAUUCUCAUGUCGUCAUGUUAACAACAGUGAAAGAAAUUCUAGUUUUCAGGCUGGAACAUUAAUGACCAAUCAUUCUGAGGGUGUUGAAAUCAGAUCUGAUGAUAGUGAUUAA